AUGUGUGACGGUGCAGCCACAAAUAUAAAACAAGUUACAUCUACAAACACAGCCAAACUGGACAGAGAAACGGAGGAGCUCCAUCAAUGUGGUGUCAAUGGAUACGUUGGACGAAUAAUAGAGCAAGUUCGAAAAGAGACGCAGAUGACUCCGAAGAAGUUGGCAACUUGUGUAUUGCAGAAAAUAGACGAAAAUCCACAAGUUGUGGAUGAUUGCGAAGAGGGGAGAGCAAUUCCAAAUAAUCAAAUAAUGGGCAAAUUGGAGAGAAUCUUUGGUGUAAAAUCGAGGGGCAAGGACAAAGGUCAACUGUACGUUGCAGACUGGAAAAGGGAAAAGUAA